AUGCUGAUGAAACAUCGCAGCAAUUUAGUGUUUAAUCUGAGCGAGCAUCUCUGCCAGCAGCGCUCACAGGACAAAUCUGUGCAGGUGAUGUCGUGGAGUUUGGGUUUAGGCGGCAGGAUGACGUUUGCCAAGCUCCUCCUCCCCUUCCUCUUUUUCCACUCUUUCUGUGAAGGCUCCAACCAGCCUCCACGCUUCCUCAACUACUUCUUCUCCGCCUACCUUCUCAUCUACGAAGACGCGCCCAUCGGUUCUUCGGUGGCCCAGCUGAAGGCCGUGGAUCCUGAAGAAGAACCCCUCACGUACGGGAUUCUAGGAGAGGAGGCCAUGAAGUAUUUCUCUGUAAAUAAAGACACCGGCGUGGUCUGGCUUCGGCAGCAACUGGACCGCGAGACCAAGUCGGAGAUGCAGGUGGAGUUCUACGUGAGUGACAUUCAGGAGGUGAUCAAAGACACAGUAAACAUCCAGAUUGGGGACGUCAACGAUAACGCACCCACCUUCCACGGGCAGCCGUACACCGUCCACAUCCCAGAGAGUUUACCACCGGGGGCUGCUAUUGAAUCCAGUCCUUUAUACAUUUUAUAUCUGCACCUCAAACCUCGUCGUCCGCUGAGGUCCGGUGUGUUGUCGGGUUCAUGUGGAAGGACUGGAGCUGUGUGCCACCGGCAGAGCAGCGGCCUUCAGGUCCAGCUGUCCCAACCCAGUCCAUGA